CCCGUACAAGACGCAAACGAUAAACACCCCUUUCCUUGCCUUGCCAGCCCUUGGAGGCCACUUUGCAGCAAUCGCAUCAAUCUCAUCGAAUUCGCAUCGGGCGCUACUGUAGGUACACCUGCUCCUAGUGCUGGAUGCAAAAUGUCCCGCGCGAGGCCAUCUCCACACAAACCCUCGUGGCGAGCGAGCGUUGCCGUCCCGUGACAUCACCAAGGUACUGUACCUACCUACACACAUGUGCAUGCAUGCAUGCAUGCGUGCGUACCUGUUGAAUAUCCUCUGGAUAUACACAUUGAAGAUAUGUAUACGUGUAAUGGGACGACGACGAUGAUGAUGAUGAGGAUGAUGAUGCUGCUGAUGAUGAAUGACUACGCCGUGGCGGUCGGUGUUUGCCAUGGUCAACUGGAAUGUAUGGAUCCCCAAUACCCAAACAUGCAGCACACCGGCCAUUGAAUCGAGCUAGCGCCGGUGGCCCCAACCAAGUCUUACGCGUCCAAAACACCACUCGACAGCCUGCCACCACUUCUCUACACAACGUAAUCUCUCCUAUUUCGGUCCUCGUCUUGCACGCUAUUGUAAUAAGUCUACCUCGACAAGCAAUCGUAUAUGCUUGUCGUAAUCAAUCCGCCUCGUGCCGCCGCGGCAGUCCAUCGCUCUGGCCCACUUGGGUCUCACGGCUACCUUAUCAGGCACUCUUAUCCGCUGCUUCUUGAUCCUUCGCCUGCUUGGCUAGCAACCCCCUACUCGUUCACCACCCUUCCAGACCUUCUCGCUUGAAUCAAUCAAUCAUGCCUAUUCCUUCCAUCCCCCUGAGUGACUACCUGCACCGCCGUACAAUCCAAUAUCUGACAAUCGUUGUGCAUCCAAUAUCUGCAAUCGAGACAUCAAUUCAUCCCAUCCUGCUUGCCUGGCGUCGCUGCUUGCCCAGCUAUCCCCCGGCUCAGCACAUGGCACGUCCCUGCCCUGUUUCAAGCUACGCGCGCAUCACAUCUCAGAGAGAAAAUAAAAGGCCCAUCAAACAAUCAAGCUCCCCCCCAAAAAACCAGGCGCCCAAUCACCUCCGUCAUAUAUCCCAUGUUAUAAAC